GCACCCCGCACCCUCUCCACAUCAGCUGCCGCAGCGUCCUUGACAUCUCCCCAUCCCAAGGGACGGCCGUGCUUCCCCUCCACCCCAUCGCCCACGCCAGCGAGGUGGAGAGGGAGCACCAGCUCGUCGUGGCCACCACACACAACAGCACGGAGGUGGAAGGCGCCUGCUCAGGGGAGCCUCAGCCCUUCAAUGCCAGCCACCAGCCUGAUGCCUACGUGGCUGCCACGCUCAACCUCACCACCCACACGGAGUUUGUGCUGGGCGAUGGGACCCACGGGCAGGAUUACCACAACGCUGCCCUCCAGCCGGGCUCCAACUACACGGCCCUUCUCCGCCUCAUCCACCACUCACAGCAGGCAGAGAAGUUCACCUGCGUGUGCUACAGCUUCUCUGUUGGCGGGAGCAAGCUGAACACACAGAUCCCGGUGGAGGAGCUGCUGGAGGCUCUGAAGCGGCUUAAGAGGGCUGAAAUAGAGGCAGAGCAGACAGAAGAUGAAUCAGUCGACAGGCACAGCGCUGGGCGUCUAAGAGAGUACCAGCACCUGUCCUCUGCCUUGUUGCAUCCCUGCGAUGCUGGGAAGGAGUUGUGUAAUCAGAGCAAGAACCGCUACAAGAGUGUCAUCCCAUAUGACCACUGCCGUGUGGUGCUGCAGCCUUCUGACAUGGGGAAUGACUACAUUAAUGCCAGCUAUGUAGAUAGCUACCAGAGUCCACGCUUCUACAUUGCAGCUCAAGUUUCUAACACGAGUGAUGAUGCCAAGGUGCCCAGCAACCCCUGCCAGGUGCUGCUGUGUCCAGGCUGUGCAGUGUCAGUCCACGGGCAGGGUGAAGGACUGAGCUGUGCUAGGGGCAGCUACACCCCUAUGGCUUGGACAGUGGCACAGGGGUCUCCUCUUCCUCGCCAAGGCCCCUUGCCUGGGACGGUGGUGGAUUUCUGGCAGAUGGUGUGGCAGGAGAAGAUCUCAGUCAUUGUGAUGCUGACUGGCUUGGUGGAGCAGAAUAAGACCAAGUGUGAGCAGUAUUGGCCAGAGCAGGAGCAGGUCUACGGGGACUUCACUGUAACACUCAACAACACCAGGACCACCACGGGCCUUGUCACACGCAUCUUCCGCCUGCAGAAGACAGGCUGUGCUCUCCCAAGAGUGGUGGAGCAGUUUCACUGCCUGCUGUGGCCAGACCACGGGGUCCCCAGAAACCCUGCCCAGCUCCUGUGCUUAGUGGAGCUGGUGAACAAGAAGGGGCUGGAGGUGCCUGCUGGACCCGUGCUGGUGCACUGCAGUGCAGGGAUUGGGCGCACAGGUACCUUCAUCGCCCUGGACUUCUUGCUGAAGAUGGGGAAGGCUGAGGGGAAGGUGGAUGUGUUUCACUGUGUGCAGAGGCUGCGGGAGCAGCGGGUCAGCAUGGUGCAGACCAAGGAGCAGUACACCUUCCUGUAUGAGGUGCUGCUCGAAGGCUUGCUCUGCGGCACCACUGGAGUCCCAGUGGAGAGCAUCGCCAGCCACAUCCGCUGCCUUCGAGAAGCUGAGGCCUCAAGGCACAACAAUGUCCUUGAGAAGGAGUUCAAGGCCCUGCAGAAGUUUUCCGAGUUGUUCCAGCUCUUGCCAUGUAGAGAAGCAGAGAAACCCAGCAACCAGCCCAAAAACCGCAAGCCAGGGAUCCUGCCAGCGGAUUCCUGCCGGCCUAUCCUGAUGUCCUCGCUUAACGCAGACGGCUCCCCAGGAUACAUCAACGCUGUGUUUGCCAACACAUACACCGAGGAGGACAGACUCAUCGUCACCCAGCUGCCUUUUGCCAGCACGCUGGUGGAUUUCUGGGCUUUGGUCUGGGAUUACACCUGCACGUCUGUGGUUGUGCUGAACCAGAUCGAGGAGCUGGACAAGACAUAUGUGGAGUUCUGGCCCACUGAGGGAGAAGCUGCCUAUGGCCGUUUCCACGUCCAGCUGAUCUCAGAGGAGCCUGGAGUUGGCUUCACAGCCUGGACACUUGCCCUUACCAACAAGCAACAGCCCAAGAAGUCUGCAUUGGAAGUCCAGUUCUGGCAACUGAAGGACUGGCCCAUGCAACAGCAUCUUCCCCCACACCCUGCGACCAUUAUCAGCCUCCUUGGGAAGGUGGAGACACACCAUCGGCAGAGCAAAGAUGGACAUAUCCUCGUCACCUGCUGGGAUGGUGCCAGCCGGAGCGGAAUCUUCUGUGCUGCCAGUUUCCUGUGUGAGCAGAUCCAAAGCGAGGGGCUGGUGGAUGUAUCCCAGGCUGUGAGGAUGCUGAAGAGGCGGCGGAGACAGCUGAUUAAAGAUGUGGAGCAGUAUGGGUUCUGCUACGAACUAGCCCUCAGUUACUUGAACUCAUUUGAAACCUAUGGGAAUUUCAAGUAG